AUGCCCAAUAGGCUCAUACCAUUGGCAAAUCCAGCUAAUAGGGUCCUUCAACUCGAUGCUAAGUUGCUAGACAACGAAAUAUCGGAUAUGCUCUACCGGCAGCUAUCUGGAGCUUUUAACAGCAACAGACUUCCGAGUUGGCUUGGGAGAAUCCAUUCCAACUAUGCCUCUGAGUUAAAGCUCUUACUGGAACUACUUAUCUUUAAAGUAACCGUAUGGAACAAGCACUCAAGCUAUGGCCUCACUCUUCAGAAUCUGGUAAUGUACGAUGGUGGUGUUCAUAAUAAAAAAUUCAGGUCGAAACAACAGUCCGAACUCAGGGUUACAAAGAAAAUACUUUUACUGUCAUCCGUGUUGCUUGGGUAUUUUGUCAAAAAGAUUCAAUCGUAUGUGUACUCUUUCGAAGAUUAUGAUCUAGAGACUGAUGGAGAAGACUUGAGCACCUUAGAGAGAAUUAGAUUAAAGACUAUCAAACUGUUAAAAUCCCAGAUCUCCACACUGGAGAAAGCACAUUCCGUUCUCUCAUUGGUAAAUUUUGUUACAUUUCUGGUAUCUGGAAGUUUUCCUGACCUAACUACUCGAAUCCUUAACAUUAGAUUCAAACCAUUGGUUACUACGCAAGUGGCCUUCGCUUCAAACCCAGAAACGAUAUCCUAUGAAUUUCAAAAUAGACAACUAGUGUGGAACACAUUGACAGAAUUUAUUGUGUUUAUUUUGCCAGCAUUAUCAGUACCUAAGUUUACCAAGUCACUGGUAAGCUCGAUAACAGGAACUUCACCCAAGUCUAGCCAAGUGACUGACGAGGACCUAAAAGUUUUUUCUUCUCUUCCGGAAAGAGUAUGUGCUAUAUGUUUCCAGAAUUCACAAAAUUCUGACUCGGGAGCUCAAAAUGAUAUUUCCCUCAACGAUACUUUAGUCACCAAUCCAUACGAAACUACCUGUGGACAUAUUUACUGCUAUGUGUGCAUUCUUUCAAAAUUGCAAAUCUUCAAGGAGGAAGGCAAGAAUCUCCCAAAGUCAGAUCCGAACAAAUACUGGCAUUGCUUGAGAUGUAAUGAGCCAGCUUCUUGGUGUCGAGUCUAUACUGGAGAUGUGGAAGACGCGUUGAGACAGAAGGCUGUUGAAGAAGUCACAGAGGAUGAAGAUGCUUCAAGUGAAGACGAGGAAAAAAGGGAUCAAGAUUCAGAAGGUGCUAAAACUGUUUCCCAAAGUUUCCAUCACGUUAAUGGAUCAGACUAUCAAACAGCAUCAUUCAUAGAGCAGGCUGAGCUGAAUGAAAAUGAAUACACAGACGGUUCGGAAGUGGAAAUAUAUGAUGCUGAAGAUGAAUACACUGAUGAAGAAGUAGAUGACGACUCUCCAGGUUUUUUCGUUGGUGCGUUAUAG